AUGACUUUGCCUAACAAUUCAGCGGACGGAUCGAGCACUUCGCCAUCGGCGAAACCCAAGCUUUUGGGAAGAGCUUUGUUCGAAAAAAUCGGAAAACCAACCAAGAUCGUUGCACCUAUGGUCGAUCAGUCGGAACUGGCCUGGAGAAUCCUGUCAAGGCGAUAUGGAGCCACGUUGGCGUACACGCCGAUGUUUCACGCCAAAAACUUCGCCACCUCUGAGAAGUACCGGAGAGAUAUGUGGUGCGACCAGGAUGGGUGCAGCCGCACAGAUCGUCCCUUGGUAGUGCAGUUUUGUGCGAACGAUCCAGACUAUCUAUUGGAGGCGGCCAAGCUCGUGCAAGAUAAAUGUGACGCCGUUGAUCUCAACUUAGGCUGUCCACAAGGCAUAGCGAAAAAGGGUCGCUAUGGCUCUUUUCUCAUGGAGGACUGGGACCUUAUUCACAAACUGAUUAGAACACUGCACGAAAAUCUAGAUGUGCCGGUAACAGCGAAGAUUCGGGUAUUUCCAGAGCGUGAGAAGACCUUGGACUACGCCAAGAUGGUCUUGGACGCAGGAGCACAAUUUCUAACGGUUCACGGCCGUCUUCGAGAGCAGAAAGGCCAGCAAACAGGAUUGGCUGACUGGGACAUAAUUCAGUACUUAAGGCAAAACUUGCCUAGUGACACGGUUUUUUUCGCUAAUGGUAACAUUCUGUAUCCAGAGGACAUCUCCAGGUGCAUGAACAAGAUCCACUGCGACGGAGUUAUGAGCGCUGAAGGUAAUUUAUACAACCCGGGAGUUUUCAACACGGAAGAUGCAGUUGACAAAGAUAAAACGUUUCCUCGCGUGGACAAGCUUCUGAGGGAAUAUUUCGAGAUUGUUAAAAGCUGCGAGGGGUCCCAGGCAUCUCGGAUCGCAAUGAAGUCUCAUUUUUUCAAGAUUCUGCGCCCGUUCCUACCCCACCACACAGACAUUCGCACUAAUUUGGCUUCCAUGAAUGCUAAGACUUCUUUUGACGACUGGGACGAGAAAGUCGUCAAAAAAGUGGAACAGGUUGUGCUGGAAAUCUUUCAACAGGAAGACAUCGAUGCCAAAGAUGUUAUUACCACUGGUGAAACCGAACUUUGGGGUGGAGCCUACAGACAGGUUCCUUACUGGAGAUGUCAGCCGUAUUUCCGGCCGGUCAAUGGUGUAACUGGUGAUAAAAGAGUCGUAGAAAGUCUCAAGAGGUCCAACGACCCCGAUACAGCAGACUCGCAGCAGGAUAAAAAGUGCAAAGUGGAUGAUGUGGUGGCCAGUACCAGCUGA